UCUGUAUAGCAUAGAUCCAACCUUGCUUGUGGUGCGGUCCUUCCCUGGAUCCUAUAUGAACGCGGAAUACCUUGUGCACCGAGCUGCCCUUUUUAUCAUUCGUAUUGUGAACCCCCGCUGUGUUCUUUUUCAUUAGAAUGGAAGGCUCGCAUGUCAUGUUAUACAUAAACUAUAUAUAGAAUCAUGAUUAAUAAUCAAUAUCGUGGAAACAUUGAUUCAGCUAUGGAUGAUGUAUUUUUUACCGCGUGGUGGCGUAAAGCGCAUGAGAUACUCAACACUGAAGUUCCAUGGCCUGAGCACAUCCCGCAGCCACAAGAACCAAAUUAUAGAGAAAGGUUGAGGCAAGGCAUUGGUAUACAUAUUCCAGAUUUUCCUCAAAUUCCAGAAGAGCAAUCUGCAUCAGACUCUUUGGUCCAAGGACAGAGUUCUACUUCUUCAGACACAGACACAAAUUUGCAGACAGAACCAACUCCUGAUGCCCCUACAGAUGACAGUUCGCGUCCCGUUGAGCCAAAUACAUCUGAUGAAGGGACUUCCAACCAAUCCAGAAAUAUUCAGACAGAAGCAACUCCCAAUGCCCCUACAGACGACAGUUUGCGCCCUAUGCCAAGAACAUCUGAUGCAGGACCAAAUGAAGAUUGUUGAUCUACCAGUUGACGUGGCAUGGAUAAUGUGAAACUCUAUUAACUGAUUCCAUUGAGCAUUUAACUUUCUUGUAACUCAGGAUUUACCGUUGAAUACUUUCUUAAGCUUGUCCUGUGGAAAUAUUUUUAGUACAAAAUAGGGUUGAAUUGGAGUACUAAACUGAUAAUGGUCACAACUUGAUCAUGUGAAAAGUUUAAGCAGAUAUUUUAA